CUUCGGCUCUCCGUAGAUCGCCGACAUAUUGUUUGUGAGGAGCAAAUUCUGGAAGACAAGGAGAGUGUUAAGAUUACAGCGUUCGUAUAACCAGUAAUUAAAUCGUAAAUCGGUAAAGAAAGCACGAUGGAGCCUUCAGGAAGUCCUGCGAAGGAUAAUUUCAGGAUGAACCGCUACAAGAACAAAGCACUCAACCUGGAGGAGAUGCGCCGGAGAAGGGAGGAGGAAGGCAUUCAGCUGAGAAAACAGAAACGAGAGCAACAGCUGUUUAAAAGGAGAAAUGUGGAGCUGCUUGGUGAAGAAGGGGGGAUGUUUGACAGUCCACUUAUGGAUUCCUACGUCUCCUCCACUACAGCCCCAGAUGGAGUAAUUACAAGAGACAUGGUUGAAAUGCUCUUCUCGGAAGAUCCUGAACUGCAGCUGGUCACAACACAGAGGUUCAGAAAACUGCUUUCCAAAGAACCAAACCCUCCUAUCGACGAGGUGAUAAGCACACCAGGAAUUGUGAAUAGAUUCGUUGAGUUUCUACAGAAAAGUACAAAUUGCACAUUACAGUUUGAGGCGGCUUGGGCACUGACCAACAUUGCGUCUGGAACAUCUCAGCAGACGAAGUUUGUGAUCGAGGCCGGUGCUGUACCCGUCUUUAUCGAGCUUCUCAACUCUGAGUUUGAAGACGUGCAGGAGCAGGCUGUUUGGGCUUUGGGGAACAUUGCGGGAGACAGCGCUGUGUGCAGAGAUUAUGUGCUAAACUGUAAUAUCCUUCCUCCUCUACUAAUGCUGCUGACCAAAUCAACUCGUCUCACGAUGACCAGGAAUGCUGUGUGGGCCUUGUCCAACCUCUGCAGAGGCAAAAGUCCACCCCCAGAUUUUGAGAAGGUUUCUCCUUGCCUGCCUGUGCUGUCCCGUCUCUUGUUCAGCAGUGAUUCAGACCUGCUGGCUGAUGCCUGUUGGGCUUUGUCCUAUCUCUCUGAUGGGCCCAAUGAGAAGAUCCAGGCAGUUAUUGAUUCGGGGGUCUGCAGGAGGCUGGUGGAGCUGCUCAUGCACACAGAUUACAAGGUGGCCUCUCCUGCUCUGAGGGCCGUUGGAAACAUUGUUACAGGAGAUGACAUUCAGACACAGGUGGUGUUGAACUGCUCCGCUCUCCCCUGCCUGCUGCACCUGCUCAGUAGCGCCAAGGAAUCCAUCAGGAAGGAGGCUUGCUGGACCAUCUCCAACAUCACAGCGGGAAACAGAGCGCAGAUUCAGGCCGUAAUAGAUGCAAACAUCUUCCCAGUCUUGAUAGAUAUCCUACAGAAAGCCGAAUUCCGCACCAGGAAGGAGGCGGCGUGGGCGAUCACUAAUGCCACGUCAGGUGGCACACCCGAGCAGAUCAGGUAUCUGGUGAAUUUGGGCUGCAUUAAACCUCUCUGUGAUCUGUUGACUGUGAUGGACUCCAAGAUCGUUCUGGUGGCUCUGAAUGGUCUGGAGAACAUUCUCCGACUGGGCGAGCAGGAGGCCAAACAAAACGGCAGCGGCCUCAACCCUUACUGCAGUCUUAUAGAGGAAGCCUAUGGUUUGGACAAAAUCGAGUUCCUACAGAGUCAUGAAAAUCAGGAGAUCUACCAGAAAGCCUUUGACCUCAUCGAGCACUACUUCGGAGUAGAGGAAGAGGAUGCCAGUCUGGCACCACAGGUGGAUGAGAACCAGCAGCAGUUUCUUUUCCCGCAGCAGGAGGCCCCCAUGGAGGGCUUCCAGCUAUAACCAGCCUUCUGACUCUUUUCGGCCGCCUCUUACCUUUACACCCAUCCCUGCGCCCAAUACCGGUACUAAAACAUACGCCGGAUUCACUCAACCACUGAACCAAAUUUAACCCAACGACCCAGACUGAUUUAUUUAGACACUGAAGUGUGUCUCACGUAGGGAAACAUAUCCUCUGCCCUGUCACACACAAGAGAGCUGGAUUUUUAGUUUGGUUUUUUUGUCCCUCCCCCCUCAGUGAUGCAGCUAUGUAAUCAUCCCCCUCAGGUAGAAAUUGUGACGCUGUGUCUCUUUACUUUUUUUUUUUUUUUUUUUUUUUUUUUUUUUUUAAGGGGAGAUACGCUACAGUUCUCCCCUUUCACUGAAAGAUGAGAGCAUUGCUUUUUCAUUUAUUUAAAAUCAGAAAAUCUUAUACUUUUUGGUCCUGGUUUGUUUUUCAUCAUAUAGCGUUUCUAGAAUUUAUUUUUUUUUGUUUAAUUAUUCAUAUCCUGCUAAUUAAACGAGCCUGGUUGUGUUUGAUAUGGCCGUGCUUUAUAAACGAAACUCUACCGUGAUAUCUGCAGAUGCGUUUCACGAGGAUUUAAGCACUCUUCGAAGCCUUCGCGAAGCCGUUUCCUUUUUCUUAGUAUUAGUAUUCAUCAUUUCAGACCAUGCUGGGUGUGGAGUUUAUGUAGAGUCUGACGUGGUGGUGGUGGUGGUGGGUGGUGUUGAAAUAAUCCAGGUAUUUUAGUAAAAGAGUAUCCUAACAUCAGUCAUUACGGUUUAAAGACAAUGGCUGGAAAAGUGGGGCCCGAAGUGGGGCCCAAUUUAGUAAGGAUAAUGCCCAGUUUUGUUUGUUUUUUUUUUUUAUCAGUCAGAGGUGAAAUCUCUAGUUGUAGGAUGUUCGUGGUGUGCAGUGUUAUGAAUAACUCUUCUUUUGAUCAAAAGGCUUUAACUUUGAGAUGUGAUCUGGGGGAAAUACACACACACACACAUCUGAGGGCCGGAUGGAUGCACAUGAUGGAGUCUUAAUUCUGCUCGGAUAGUAAUUUCUGGCGGAGAGUAAAUCUGGGUGGUUCGAGGUGUUUGUUCAGCGCAGCCCUCAGAAUGUGCAUGUUGGGGUUUUGCAUGGUGUUCAACAAUCAUUUUGUAUCUCUUGCCAGAUCUUCAUUCAGCAAUUAGCUUGCACUUCUUAGAUAAAGUAGUACCGGUUUUUGUAGUUUUGCAGGUGCUGUAGGUAUGGCAAGGAAUACUUAUUAAAAUAAUGAAAUAUAUGGGCAAAAAAAUAAUAUAUAUAUCUAUAUAUAUAUAUAAAUAGAUAUUAUGUUCUAUUUGCACACACCUUGCACACAUGCGUACAAGACCAGCAUACACUUCAUAAACAUGUACACAAGCAGAUUAGCAUAAAACCGAGGGGAAAUGACUUCCAUAAUCUCCCAAAUCCUUUUUUUUUUCCUGCAUAUGCAAGUACGUUCGCGUCGAUUUGUUCCACCGUUUGGCACUUUUUGAGUUGAUGCACUAAGAAUUAAACACACCGGAGUUUGACGUUGGGACUGCUGUGGAUUGAAUCAAAAGUUCGAAUAUUAACCUCUCGCCCUUUACGAAACUUUAAAAACUACACGCAGACUUUUCCUGUCGUUAUGGAAGCAUUUAUCCUCUACCUCCGCAGUACACUGACCGAAGGGUGCUUCUCUGAGUGAAUGCUAGGGGGUCAUUUGAUUUAGGACGGGCCCCUAUCUACGAAAACAUAGGGAGACGUUGACUGACGGAUGGUGCGUGAAAGGAAGUGUCGCUUUUAUCAGCAUCCUGUGUUUGAUUGACUAGUAACUAGAUGUCACUCCGAUGCAUUUCCUGAUCAGGACCGAUAACCGAAAGGAGGUUUCCAUACUAAUUCUGGUUCAAGAACCCUUUAUGAAAUCAAGACUUGAAUUUAACUCUUUGAAAAUACCUCGCCACGAUCUGAUGUACUCUGACAACAACAGUAUCCACUUUAAAUCGGUUCAAAUCCUAGUUCUGCGUGAUAUUAGAUGGCAUUUGCUGUAUUUACAGGAUGUCCGUCUCGGAAUGAGGAGGCUGCAGUCAUCCAUGUUUCCGCACACAUCAGAGAAAUGGGAAAAUAGACCGAAAUGAUUGGGAGGAAGGGAAGAAAACUAUGCUUAUUAAUAUAUAUAUCGAAUGGUCUACAAGACCACAGGUGUGUUGAUCCAAAAAACACAAAGAAAUGAUCUCUUAAUGGAAAUGCACUCCUAUUCACAAAAGUGCCAAUCAGACCAACAAAGACAAGAGGCUGAUGCGUAUCAAUCUGUCUUUGAUUUUUUUUUUUUCCUUCCUUUUUUUUUUUUUUUUUUCUUUUAUUUACUUGAAUGUGCACACAUGCUGUGCAAAUAUUGCUGCUCUAUUUUCUUAUCUUACAAAUUAGACGUUACAUUGUCUGCCACAGUUUCAAUAGAGAUGUGAUGGUCUGCUAUUUGUACACCAAAUUGGUAAACUCAAAGGUAUAAAGAUUAAAAAAAAUGCAUAAUUUAUUGUGCUGGAUGAAUUAAUACUUUUAUCGAAGGCCAAUGCAAUGUUGAAAUACUGUACUGUUUGCCUAGCUUGUGUUCCUUUUGGACGGCUUGGAGGAAGUGAGAAAGAUGCUACCGAUUGAAGGAGAAACCCUGUAAACUCUUUUCUUGCUCUCGUUGCGUGUGUUUUUGUCUUGUUUUUGAGCGCACUAGCUGACCAUGUAGACCCAACUGUGUUUGUUCCGAGUCUAACUUCCACGCGUAACCAACCGUAGCACAAUUACAGCAAAUCCAAAUCAGUUCGUAGAUGUUUUGUUCUCCAUUUAAGGACAUACGCUUUAAAAGCCAAUUUUUUUUUUUUAUAACUAAACGAAACUGGGUGUCAUUUGAUCCGUGUAUCUCUGUGAAUUACAAUUAAACCAGAAAUUCAACGGUUAUAUUGUUAUAUUGGCACAGUUUAAAGUUGCAGUCCUGGCACUGCUCUUUACUCCUUUAAAAUAACUUCUGAGAAGUGCAGAAAAACAAUAAAAUAUUUACAAAAGGCCACAAGUAUGUGAAAUUGGGUCUUUAUGGUCUUCCGUCCUAGAUCUUGUAGAUGUUGACAUUUGGAGACUUUUUGUCUCUUCCAAACCUGGAGCCGAUGCAUAUGGCUGUGUCUAGUAAUGCUGACUCACCUGUGUUUACAAUGCUACAUGUUUAAGUACUUUUCAUACACAAUAUUAAGACUUGCCCAGGUGGAUAUUGUAUCCUGGUUUGGUAAUUACUUUCCUUUUAAAUGUAUUUAUAUUUAAAUCUUCUUUUUUUUCUUUUUUUUUUCCUCCUCUGCCUACGAUUGCCCAUACUGUGACUGACUUGACUUUACCGACGAUAUGAAUGAGUGACGGACACACAAACUGAACAUGUCACACAAACAUAUACAUGAACAAUUCUGAACAAAUGUUUUUGUUUUCUCUUUUCUUUUUUUUUGUCCAAAUACAAAUAAAAGGAUAAAACACC